GUUUCUCUUGUACUGUUCUAAGUUCUUGUUGUGGUGUCUAUGGUUUUAAAUGGCCUAACUGUGUGUCAGUUUUGAAAAACUUAUAAAAGAUCCAUCUGUUUUUCACUGCCAUAAAGUAUAAUGUCCACUAUUACACCUACUAUGGAAGUAAGACUGAAACGAUUUUUAUACACAAGUAGAGAAGACCCUAUUUAUGUUACUGGUGAUGCCUGCUAUCAUAAAGCCUAUUUGCCGGGCAAAGUUAAGGUUGUAGAAGAAAUACUUCAAUCUGAUAAUCCAAAGUUGCUUUUAAAUAUUGUACAAAUUGUAAAUAGUGAAAAUCUUAUACCAAGACGUGAUGCUAUAAUAUUUGUACUGGCUAUAGCAGCGACAAUUGCAACUGAUAAUGACUUCAAACAUGAAAUAUAUACGACUGUUUUGAAUGUAGUAAAGAGUUCGAAGGAAAUAUUUACAUUCUUAAAGUAUUAUUCACAUCAACAGAGAAGUUUUAAUAGUUCAUUAAACAAAAUGAUACGUUCAUAUUACUAUAGAAAAGAUCCAAUGGAGUUGGCGGUUGAGGUCACAAAAUCAAACGGGGCUCAUGGGUGGACCCACAAAGAUGUUUUGAAGCUGUGUCAUGGGAAAUCCAACUGUAUCCGAACACAGACAGUUGUAUCAUACAUUUUACACGGGUUAACAAAAGCAAAAUCAGUGGGAGAGGAAAAUGCCUUGGCAACACCAGUAAUAACAUUAUUUUCCAACACUUUGGAAUUAAAACGCUGUGAAAAUGAAAAGAGAGUGGUGGAACUAAUGAGAAAACUGCGUUGUGACAACAUAAAUCAAGUACCAUCAUUUUUUCAUAAAUCGCAAUUGGUAUGGGAAACUUUGAUUCCUCAUGUAUCCAUUAGCGAACUGAUCAAAAUUCUGCCGAGGUUGUAUAAGUGUGGUUUUUUAAAGGCAAAUUCUUCAUUUCAAAAUAAAGUAAUCGAGUUACUCAAGGCGGAUGCAAUUAAAGCAUCUGGAAUAUAUCCGCUGGAAGUAUUUAUUGCCCUUAAAAAUUUUGAAAAAGGUGGAAAACCAAUGGAUCCAAAACAGAAACUGUAUUUAGAAGGGAUAGCAAAAACUGAUUCAGAUACAUCGAAAGAAUGUGAAGGUGCUGCUGCACCAAAGAUCGAACCAACAGUUCACGAACCAAAUUUGGUUCAACCCAUAAAAUGUCCCCCUAUUAUGACCGUACUGCACAAAGCCUUACAUACCUCGUAUCAAAAUAUUACAUCAACUGGAAGAAGAAUUUUCAUUGGAAUUGAGGUUUCAAAGGAAAUGGAUACCCCAUGUUUAACUAGCAAAAACGUUACUUGCUUCGAUGCAGCCACUGUACUAAUCUUAAGUUUUCUUCGAAGCGAAAGAGAUGUUACCAUAGCUGUAUUUAAUGGUAUGAAAAUCUCAUUCGUUUCCAUAGACAAAUAUUCCUCAAUCGCACAAGCACAAGCGGCAUUACGUAAAGCACCUAGCGGCACAGCUAUACUAACGCCUUUCUUUGAGUGGGCAGUAACUAAUAAAAAGCAAGUAGAUGUAUUCAUAAAUUUUCUUCAAGGACAAUCGUUUGCCUCACUUCCCAGGCAAAAUCGAGACAAGGCAAGGGCAUUGAAAGUUUUAGACACUUAUCGAAAACAGAUGGCACUACCUCACACAAAGUUAAUAUCGUUUUUCUUAAAUUCAACUCGCACAACCUUAGCAGAUGGUUCUUCCAAUGUUUUAGAUAUUUGUGGAAUUGAUAAGGAUGUUUGUAAUGUAAUUGAAGCAUUUAGCAAGGGAUUGUUUUAUUAGUACAAGCAUCUCCAUAUGGUGCAAGAAUCAAGGCGGCGGUUGCCUGAUCGUUAAUUUAACUUAAUAAUAAUAAGUUAAUUUUAAAUAAUUGUAUUAUAAUAAUGUGAAGAUUAGUUUGUUAUGAAGUCAACUUUAGUUAAUUAUUUAUGAAUGAUAUUAAGGCUAUUUGUACUAAACAAUAGUUAAGUUUGUAAUUUUGCACUUUUUACAAAAUAAAUAAUACGUUACAUUUUA